AUGAGUGCUCAUAUUAUUAAUGAUGAUGAUGGCGAUGAACAACGUUACGGCAAUACCUGCUGUGGUAUUUCACUUGCCUGCCUUUGGUUGGCUUUGAAUUUAGCCUCGGCCGCUAAAUUGGAUCAUCAGCUGUAUGCCCGCUACCUAUGCCGUCUGCAUCCCGAUGGUUUUCGCACCAUUGUCCCGGGUAGCUGUUCGGAAUACUAUGAGUGUGUGAGAGGCCAGGCUCAACGUAAAAGCUGUCCACGUUAUUUCAAUUCACGAACGUCUCAAUGUACCGAUGUAUCGACCGGCUGCAAAGUCAUUAACGCCUCGAUGAAAAAUUGCAAAGGCCCUUGUUGUGGUAUUACCAAUGGCUUUGCUUUGGACCCGAAGAAAUCUGAAAUUUAUUAUAGAUGUUAUAAUGAUGCCGUCUACCAGAAGUUGACUUGCCCCGCAGGCAAAGUUUUCAAUUUGCAGGAAAAACAAUGCGCCGAACCAAUGCGAACGGCAAAUAGACUGGGAAAAUAUUCAUCAUCGUCGAAGAAACAGCAACAAAGAGUGAAGGGGAAGCCAAUUGCUGCAGCACCAGUGCCAGCACCAGCACCUGUACCAUGUACAGGGGUUCAAACGACGCCAGCACCACCGCCAGCAGUGCCUUGUACCAAAACUCAAACGACCUUGCCACCACCUACUGAAGCUCCAGUGCCAUCAACGCCAUGUAAGACGACAACUGUCCCCACAACAACAACUGUCGUUGUAACAAAAACACCAUGCAAGACAACAACGCCAGUCCCUACAACAACAACUGUGCCCACAACAACAACUGUUGUUGCAACAAAAACACCAUGCAAGACAACAACGCCAGUCCCUACAACAACAACUGUGCCCACAACAACAACUGUUGUUGUAACAAAAACACCAUGCAAGACAACAACGCCAGUCCCUACAACAACAACUGUGCCCACAACAACAACUGUUGUUGUAACUAAAACACCAUGCAAGACAACAACAACUGUGCCCACAACAACAACUGUUGUUGUAACAAAAACACCAUGCAAGACAACAACGCCAGUCCCUACAACAACAACUGUGCCCACAACAACAACUGUUGUUGUAACAAAAACACCAUGCAAGACAACAACGCCAGUCCCUACAACAACAACUGUGCCCACAACAACAACUGUUGUUGUAACAAAAACACCAUGCAAGACAACAACGCCAGUCCCUACAACAACAACUGUGCCCACAACAACAACUGUUGUUGUAACAAAAACACCAUGCAAGACAACAACUACAACAACAACUGUACCCACAACUGUUGUUGUAACUAAAACACCAUGCAAGACAACAACACCAGUCCCUACAACAACAACUGUUCCUACAACUACAAUUGUUCCCACAACAACAACUGUUGUUGUAACUAAAACACCAUGCAAGACAACAACACCAGUCCCUACAACAACAACUGUGCCCACAACAACAACUGUCCCCACUACAACCACUGUUGUUGUAACUAAAACACCAUGCAAGACAACAACACCAGUCCCUACAACAACAAUUGUGCCCACAACAACAACUGUCCCCACUACAACCACUGUUGUUGUAACUAAAACACCAUGCAAGACAACAACACCAGUCCCUACAACAACAACUGUGCCCACAACAACAACUGUCCCCACUACAACCACUGUUGUUGUUACUAAAACACCGUGCAAGACAACAACACCAGUCCCUACAACAACUGUACCGACAACAACAACUGUCCCCACUACAAUCACUGUUGUUGUAACUAAAACACCGUGCAAGACAACAACACCAGUCCCUACGACAACAACUGUGCCCACAACAACAACUGUUCCCACUACAACCACUGUUGUUGUAACUAAAACACCGUGCAAGACAACAACACCAGUCCCUACUACAACAACUGUUGUUGUAACAACAACACCAGUCCCUACAACAACAACUACAACAACGCCAGUCCCUACAACAACACCAGUCCCUACAACAACAACUGUGCCCACAACAACAACUGUCCCCACUACAACCACUGUUGUUGUAACUAAAACACCAUGCAAGACAACAACACCAGUUCCUACAACAACAACUGUGCCCACAACAACUGUUCCCACUACAACCACUUUUGUUGUAACUAACACACCAUGCAAGACAACAACACCAGUCCCUACUACAACAACUGUUGUUGUAACAACAACACCAGUCCCUACAACAACAACUGUCCCCACAACUGUUGUUGUAACUAAAACACCAUGCAAGACAACAACGCCAGUCCCUACAACAACAACUGUGCCCACAACAACAACUGUUGUUGUAACUAAAACACCAUGUAAGACAACAACACCAGUCCCUACAACAACAACUGUGCCCACAACAACAACUGUUGUUGUAACUAAAACACCAUGCAAGACAACAACACCAGUCCCUACAACAACAACUGUCCCCACUACAACCACUGUUGUUGUAACUAAAACACCAUGUAAGACAACAACACCAGUCCCUACAACAACAACUGUCCCCACUACAACCACUGUUGUUGUAACUAAAACACCAUGCAAGACAACAACACCAGUCCCUACAACAACAACUGUGCCCACAACAACAACUGUUGUUGUAACUAAAACACCAUGCAAGACAACAACACCAGUCCCUACAACAACAACUGUCCCCACUACAACCACUGUUGUUGUAACUAAAACACCAUGUAAGACAACAACACCAGUCCCUACAACAACAACUGUCCCCACUACAACCACUGUUGUUGUAACUAAAACACCAUGCAAGACAACAACACCAGUCGCUACAACAACAGCUGCCCCACUACGCCCAACAACACCCUGCCAAUUGCCAACAACUCAACCUCCACCACCACCUGUACCCGAACCAGCACCCUGUAACGACAAAGUUCCCGCAUCCGAAACUAGCGGUGUCGUCAAACCACCUCAAACCCAACCAGCCGACAUCGACAUGUAUAUGCGUUUUGUAUGCCGUGACAAACCCGACAACUUCAUGGUGGCAUCCCUGAUGAGCUGCAAUCAAUAUUUCAUGUGUAAGAACGGUGUUGCCAUACCGGUUAGCUGUGGCAAGCUGUAUUUCAAUGCGUUGCGUGGCAUUUGUGAUCUGCCCGAAAAUAGUGGCUGUCAACAGCCGAAGUUGAAUAAGCGCCCGAAGAAGAAUAAGAAAAAUAAGACAAAGAGAUAUUGA